AUGCGCGGCAUUUUGGUGAUGACCCGUAACCACAAGAAGAAGCGCUCGUUUAUCGCCACGGCGACUAGUGUUAAUGAUCAUGACGCCAUACUCUAUUAUUUGCGUUGGACAUAUGCUCAAUCGACGGGAGCAGCAAGCAGUGCAGUGAAUCAUGUCCGAAGGAGUUCAGAGCUCUCCCAAGCUGACGUACUCGACCCCGUCACCCAAGGCUGCUGUGCUAAACUUCACAUCACAGGCAAGAAGCAAACGGCAUCGUUGACCAUGAGCACGCAACGCGGCAAUAUGAAGAAACGUGCACCAAAGCAUCAGAAUUCAUUUGCAUUUAAACAUAAUCCCAAAUCAAAGAAGACAAAUCGUAUCAUGUCGAUGCCUAUUUACGGUCUCUGUCAAAAAUGUCACGAGCAGAUCGAGUGGCGCAAGAAGUACCGCAAGUACAAACCUCUGACUCAAUCAGGCUCUUGUAAUUUUUGCCAUCAAAAGAACGUAACAUCUGCCUAUCACUCUUCAUGUGACCCUUGUGCGAGGGAUCGAGGUAUAUGUGCCAAAUGCUGUUUAAUGAAAGAAGUUGUUGCAAGUGAGCAAGAAUUGUUAAUGGAACACGAGAAGAAAGAGCGCGAGUUUGGAAAUACAUUGGAAGGAAUGCGUGAACGUGAUCGUCGGGCUUAUUUACGCAAAUUGGAGAAAGAGGCAAUGAUUACCAAUCGUAAAGAAGCAAUGACCACACAGAACGAGAUAGCCGAGUCCUCUAAUGAGAUGCUGUCAUUGGAUAAUGGGUCAAUAUGA